AUGCUGAUCUUACAACCUUUGGUCAUUAACACGCCGCUGCUCAAGAUACCCCUCCUAGUUACUUAUGCCACGUCUGUGUACGGAGGAAUGACCCCUCCAGCAAAGCCGUCGCCAGAGAAAGAGCCAUCAAGUACCUCACAGACGGACUUCAUCACCCGGAGUGUUCAAUUAAGUUACGCCCUCGCGACGACAUGCAAGUGCAUCGUCGGAGGACUAGCUCUCGCAGAAGCGGCGCUCCUCGUGGCCCACAGCACUCCCCCCAACGCCAUCUCUGACAGCGUCAUUUCUCUCCUCGGACAAGGUCUUUCCGUAUCGUCCUUCCGGCCCUCCUACGUGUCCGUCGUCGGUCUCGCCUGCGCGACGCUCGGAGGACAGAUACGCAUAUGGUGCCACCGCUCCCUCGGAAAGUUCUUCACGUGGACCGUCACCGUACAGGACGACCACGAGCUGAUCACCUCCGGCCCUUACGCCGUCGUCCGCCACCCGAGCUAUCUCGGUUGGCUCCUCAUGGUCGCCGGAAACCUCACGUACCUUCUCGACCGGUCCUCGUACUUGAUCGCCUCGGGAUGGGCGAAGACGACCUUGGGAAGGGCGGCGAUCGCGGUUUUGGUGUUCCAGGCCGGGCUUGUGACUCCGGGUCUGAUGGCGAGGAUGGACCGGGAAGACGAGAAGAUGAGGGAGACGUUUGGGGACCGAUGGGACGCGUGGGCUGAGCGUGUUCCUUACAGCGUCAUUCCUUUCAUCUAUUAG